UGAAGAAAAAGUAAAGAAAAGAUUCAUCCCUUUUCCACUGAUCACUCUUCUUCUUCUUCUCUAAGCAUGGAUUCACCAAAGGGUAGAAACAGGAAAGGAGCAAUCUUCAAGAUGUGGGAGAGGUGCAAAUCCUUUAAAAAAGGUGGUGGCAUAAAAUCAUUGCCUCUGAAUGUUGAGGUGGCUCCGGUGGGGUGUUUCCCGAUCUACGUGGGCCCGGAAAAAGAGAGGUUCGUGAUCAAAACCGAGCAUGUUAAUCACCGGCUAUUCAAGAUUCUACUGGAAGAAGCUGAAUCUGAGUAUGGAUAUUGUCACAAGGGCAUCUUGAUGCUGCCAUGCGAAGUCGAUCACUUCCUAGAUGUGUUGAUGGAGAUGGAUUGUUACUUUGAUCAACAAAUCGGCUGCAAUUUUGCUGCUAGGAAUAGCUACUCUUACCAUUUUCUUACCCCACAAAGAGUUAUCGCCGCUUAAUUAACCUAUAUUAAUGUAUCGUCUGUUACUAUCCAAUUAUCUAGAGUCUUAACUAUGUAUGUACAUAUAUAAUGGUUGUUGAAAUCUACAUGUGAUAUGGUUAUUAACAUGUACAGCUUUCCGUUUUUUA